CCCCAUUGUCCGCCUCCUCCAAGCAAACGGAACUGGAAAAGCCCAGCCCCAACGCCACCACCCCCUCCCCCUCUCCUCCGGGCGCCUGCCGCCUCCCCCGUCACCCUCCGCUCCGCUCCACCCUCUCCCCGCCUCCUCUUCCGCGUAACUGCUACAUGGGAGCGCGGGCAACCUAGGGUGUCUCCGCCGCCGCCAUGUUCGAGGGGGUGGUGAGCCAGGUGCUCGCCGGCCUCCUCGGCCGCUACGUCAAGGGCAUCCAGAAGGAGCAUCUUAAGAUCGGCAUCUGGAACGAGGAAAUACUAUUGGAAAAUGUAGAGCUGAUUCUGGAAGCCUUCGACUACCUGCAGUUACCAUUCGCGCUGAAGAACGGACGAAUCGGGAAACUAAGCAUCAGGAUUCCAUGGAAAAAGCUUGGAUGGGACCCUAUAAUUAUUGCCAUAGAAGAUGUAUUUGUUUGCGCAUGUCCGCGGGAGGAUUCUGAGUGGAGCUCCGAUUCUUUGGAUAAGAGAGAACUAGCUGGAAAGUUGGCUAAACUUAAUGCCAUAGAGCUUGCUAAAUUUUCCAGAAGAGUUACACAUAACCAAACAGGGCAAUCGUUUUUGUCCUACAUAUCAGCAAAGAUACUGGACAAUAUCCAAGUUUCCAUACAAAAUGUUCAUAUUGUAUACAUGGAUUCCCACAUUGAUCAAGGGAGCUUCGUAUUUGGUUUGGAAUUCUCCAGUCUCUCAAUACAAACAGAUACCCAAAAGCAAAGUUUUGCCAUGUCGUUGAUGGCUAGGUCAAGACAAGAUGAAGUAAAUAAGAUAGUAGAGAUAUCAAAUGUUGGAAUUUACUGUCAUCAUUUAGAAGAACAGCUGGAUCUAUGUCAUGUUGGUGCUCUUCCUGAAACUCAGUUUAGUUUCGGUCUCAGAAAUGGCCACUCAAGAGAUGAUUAUCUUAUACAUCCAUUUUGCGUGACUGUAUCUGUUCUUGCUAACAAAGCUGCAAAGCUUGAUGGUGCACCUCAGUAUGACAUGAAUGUAGAGCUAACUGCAUUGGCCCUAUCAGUUGAUGAAAUUCAGCUCCAGCAAAUCUUAAAUAUUUGUGAUUACUUCACUAUAUGUGCUUUGCGAACAAAAUAUGGUCGUUAUCGUCCGUCUCAAAGCUCUUUAUCUAAGAGACGUAAAGGUUGGCAGAGAAUGUGGUGGCAGUAUGCUCAGAGGUCUGUUUUAGCUGAUGUUCGCAAAAGAUUGAGGAAAACUUCAUGGAGUUAUUUGGGGCAGCGAAUGGAUUAUCGCCGGAAAUAUGUCAAUUUAUACCGAAUGAAAUUGGAACUUUUGCAGAAAGGACAGAUUGUUAGUAAAGACAUUCUACAAGAGCUGGAGAAUAUGGACAAAGAAUGUGAUAUUGAUGAUAUACUUAACUACAGAACAAUUGCAGAACAGCAACUGCAGCAGGAAUCAUUGGCAAAAUCCACCAAAGAGACUUUUUCUAGUCCAGGAAGUCCUCGAACUGAUGAACAGUCAGCAGGGGCAAGCCGGGGAUGGUUAAACUGGCUUUCUCUUGGAAUGCUUGGUGCUGGUGGAACAGCUGACAGUAGCUCAUUUGCUGGUGUUAUUUCAGAAGACAUUAUUAAGGAUAUAUAUGAGGGAACAGAAUUUCAUCCCGUUUCUUCUUCUGAAAAUUAUUUGACAAAAGAAAAUUACUAUUCUCUGUCUGUUAGACUAUCUAUUUCUCAGAUACUCACUUCUGUCACCUCCAGGAGGUUCGGCACGAAGGUUGUAGAUGCAAUAUUCGCUGGCCUUGGUAUUGAAUGUAAAAUGUGGGAUGAUUCAGCAACUAUUCUUGCUUGGCUUGAUUCACUUCAGGUUAUCAACCCGUUAAAUGAAAAUAAAAUCUUGCUGGCUGAAAAGUGUAGCACUGGCGAUGGUCUCGGGGCACCUGUUAUCAGUGUUCAAGUUGACUUUCCCAAGUCAAACCAGAGCUCAGAAGCUUCAACAAGAGUUGUUGUCCAGGAAUUCAGUGCCAUCUAUGAACCAGAAUUCUUUGUUAAUGUCCUACACAUCUGCUAUUUGUUUUUCUCUUUCCAGUUUCAGCAUGAUAGGGUGUUUUCCUCACUAAAUCGGUUUGAUAAUGUUGGAGCAAGAUUUCUCUCCAAACUAAAGUACAUGUCUGAUAAUCGCAAAAAGCUUACUUGGGAUUUGAGGAUUCACCGCUUUGCCAUUAGGCUACCAUCACAGCGUUCUGGAAGGGAAGAACUUUCCAUGAUUUUUCAGGCUGAAGAUGUAUUCAUGCAGUCGAAAGAUAUAGUUGAGGAUGUUUCUCAGACACAAGAAAGCAGUUUCUUUCUUGAUUCCAUGUCAAAAAGCCUUCCUAGUUAUUUUUCUGAUGAUCUGCUACUUGGUAUCCAGUUUGAUGAGCUUUAUAACCAUUUUGAGGUUGGCCUCACUGGGUUUGAGGUGAAGGUAUUGUUGCCUAAUAGACAUAAUGUCGCCUCAACACUGAUUAAACUUGAUGCUUCCAUCGUACUUCGAUUGUGUGUAUUCCUAGAUGAACCAGUGCUGAAACAAUUGGAGGUUGGUUUUAUUGUGCCAUUUAUCGACGUAUACCUCUCUCAGACAAUGUACAGUGCUAUUAUUACUUUGCCUAAAGUGAAAGAAAAUAACCUUGUCGGAAACAAUAUGUUUGAUAAUGCCAAGAGUCAUGGACCCAAGAAAUCAACUUUAAACAUGUUUGCGUCUCUCAAGCUAGCCAAGCUGGGUUUACGGGUUGACCUUGAUGAUAAUGAUGAGGAAGAUUCAGCUGUCACUCUUGGCGUUGAAGACAUUAAUACCAGGUAUGCUAUCUGCGAAUCGUCAGAACUUUCUCUCACCAUGAAGACAGUUAAACUUACUUCCAAUAACCUGAAGGAUGAAUCCGACUCACAUGUGCUGUGUUUAUCAGGAAACUGCAAAAGUAGUUCAAACGUAAACAUAACAGGAUGCCCUGAAAAUUCUGUUGAAACUUGCUUGAAUCUGCAUUACAGAACUCAAAAGCAUGAUGGUCAAGUGCAUCAUGUGUACCAGCUGAACUUGCAUGAUGUUGAUCUGCAUAUUAACCCUUCUGUUAUUGGUCGGAUACGGAGGUUUUUGAGAAAUCUUGAUUCAGUACCUUCAGUUGGCAGUGAUGUUGGAUCCACAGCGCUUGGUCAGAGUUCCAUGAAACCCGGAGCAGCUAAUGGCAUACUUCCCAAGUUUUCAUUGUCAAAUUUAUGUGGUGCAGAUGGCACAUUAUUCGCAGGAGUAUCUGUUGAUCACUUUCCUUUUUUAGAUAUGGAUUUCACAUGUGGAUAUAAUUUUGGAUGCUUAGGAACUCAAGAUGUUCAAGCACAAGAAAGUGUGUAUUCAAAGAAUAAGCAGUGGCAUGAUACUUCAGGUUUGAAUGGCUAUCAUGCAUCAGAGCUUGCAAGCAAUUCACUGUGUAAAACCCAGCAUUCAAACUGUUCUUCCACCUCAUCAGAUAACCCCAAGAAUGUCAGCAUAACUAUUCUGGAUAUAUCGCUUGUUUCAGUUAGAGUACAUUUCCCUGAAUCAUGUGAUAUUUUAGCAACAAUUACCAUUCCUGAAUCUAUAGCAACACUCAAAUUUUUAGAUGCAAGCUCAUGGGACCUACUAUUUUCUGCUAACAAUAUAACGCUUGCUUCACCAUGGACUCCACCAAAUAUCCAUGAACAACUCUGGGGUACAUCUUCACAUCACAAUGCUAGUGCACUCAACGUCCGAGUUAAAAAAGACUUACCUGCAGUGUCAACUGAAGUAUGCAUUGGAAUUCAAAAUGUUUGCUGCUUAUUACCAUCUAAGUUACUGGCUAUGUUUGUUGGAUUCUUUAUGUUGGAUGAUUGGGAUCCAAUAGCAGAACAGCAUCACCCUGUGGCAAGUAACAAUCUUGAAUGCUAUGGAGAAUCACAUGACUGUAUAACAUACAAAUUUGAGAUUUGUGAUUGUGUUGUAAUUUUUCCUGUGGAAAAGCAAGAUUUCUUUUGUCUAAAGCUGGAGGUUCCAUAUUUUUUCUGUGAGUUCAUUCCAACCGGAAGUUCUGUAGAAUUUGCAAAGCGUAUUCCCAAAGAAUUCUUCAGUUCUGAGUGCAUAGUUCCCAGUAGAGUUGAUGUCGUUAGCAUAUAUGCAAGAAAUGCAUCCAUAUCACUUCUAUUCCUAAGCGACCAAACAAAUUUUGUGCUGAAGCUUGAUGAGAACAUACCUAAGAGAAUCCGUUCUCUUAUUGAAAAGCUUGAUGCUGGCAUAUGGAUUCAGGUUCCUUGCAAAGAAAAAUCCUGCUCCCAGCAGCCUACUUUGCCCAUCUCCAUUAUGAGCAAAAUAUCACAAUGCAACUUGGUUGCUGAAGACCUCUAUUUUUUGGGUGGGAUGGAGACGGUUUUUCAUGUUGUUGACCAGUUAACUUCGAUCAGCAAAGAAAGUAAAAUGUACAAAGGCAAUGCCUUGCAGUUUUUAGAACACAGAAAUUUCAAUGAGGGGAACCCUGACCCUAAUGAACCCACCAAUAUCACUGUUUCUAUCAAGGAUCUGAUGAUUUUCUUGGGUCACUCGGAAGAUAAUGGUGUGGCACUAGAGAAGAUUGCCACUGCAAACCUAGAGUUUGCUGUUUCUGCUGUACUAGUUGGUGAAAAACCAGAGCGCAUGGACUUGGAUAUUGUUUCCUUGGCCCUGCAGUCACCUGGUGGUUACGCUCUUUUCUCCAUUGUUUCUGAUGGGCUAUUAUCUCCUGUUUUCAUCAAGUUUACAAAGCACCAUGCUGGGCAAGAUGAGACAUUAGUAAGUGUACCUUUUUUCAAGAUCUGGUUAUAUUUAGCCGAUUGGAAUACGAUCAUUGAUCAUUUCCAUUCCUAUGUAAAGAAAGAAGUAAAAAGUUUGCCCUUGGAGCACCCAGCAACUUUGCCUCAUUUUCCAGAGACAGCAUCGUCUCCAUUUCUUGCAUCAGAAUUUGGUUCACCAGAUGAUUCUAACUUAGUGGUAACAUGUGAAACUAUUGCUGGUUUAGUUCAUAUACCUGUCUGGGAGAAAGAAGAAAAUCACACAAGCAACGAUAUGGGCGGUACUCCUGGUUCUUCUUCGGUGAAAGUGACGACUCAUCACAAGGCAGAUGAUAUUCGAUAUCUUGAACCAAAAAGUUGCAAGUUUGUCACCAUAACUUUCGAGAGUAAACAUUUUGUGGUGAUGUCAGGUGAUAUCUGCGUGAAGUUUAAAUGUGAUUUAGAGAGGAUGAAGGUAAUGCUGGAAAUGAUUCAAGAGAAUAAGGGUACCUCUGUUCCAUUCAUGCAUAUAUCUAAGGUUAAAGCAUGUGGUUAUAUUCAUCAAUCAGAAAGGAUUUUGGAACAUCUUUUUGUUGAUCUACAAGCUGAAUACAUGGAUGUUAGUUUUUCAUACCAGAUAUUUAGCUUUUGGUGUAAUAUGGAACUCAAAUUUCCUGCUGCACCAUCUGCAUCCUCUUUUUGUUCUGUGACAUUCAAGGCAGGGUUAAGGAAAGGGUCUCUUCUGCUAAAUGAUGGAAGGCUGAGCAGUCAUGGGCCUGUCAUAGAGACCUUACUGAAGAAUUUAACUGUGCAAUUUAGUCAAAUGAAGGAUCAGACAGAACUUUCUGCUUUUGUUGACCUUGUAGUAAAUUACAACAACAUUGACAAGGUUAUGUGGGAGCCUUUUAUAGAACCCUCAAGGUUUCAGUUAAAUAUGCUUAGAAAAUGUGCUGAUUGUGCACUGGAUAUAUCGCCCAGUACUGAUGUGUGUUUAAGUUCAAACAAACAGCUUAAUCUGAAUAUAUCAGAACCCUUGAUUGAGGCUAUCCUUAGACUUAGCCAGAUGAUUACAUAUUCUCUUGAUCCAAGUAAUGGCGGUGGUCUUCGAGAAGAUCCUGGAAUCUUGAGAUUAAGCCAUGAUGAUGUGCGUACUAGAAGAUAUGCACCAUACAUUCUCUCAAAUGAUACAUCGUUGCCCUUUAGGUUCAAGGUGUACCGUGGUGCUGUUAAUUCAGAUGAUAUUGAUAGUUUCUCUGUGAUAGAUGAAAAUUCUGUACCGGCAGGGUCUGCUGUCCCAAUUUACGUUGAAGAAAGUCUUGAUGAAUUCUUCUUCCAACACAGAGAAGCACAAUCUUCUGAGCACCUCAUUGAGAAAUGGAUGAGUGUUGUAUCACACUAUAUGAUCUCCAUUGAGUUUGAAGGAACGGCUGGGCCAUCGAAGCCAUUGUCAAUGGACCUUGUGGGCAUUUACUUCUUUGAAGUGAACUUCUCUUCAAGUAAAAAGCCAAUUCAUGGUGAAGAAACUUUAGGAGCAUUUUCAUCUAAUAGAAUGGGUAGCGAUGGGUUAAUGGUUCCUGUGGUGCUCGAUGUUUCUUUACAGAAUUACAGCAAGCAUAUACGAGUUUACUCAACGGUAAUACUCUACAAUGCAACAUCAAUGCCCCUCGAGCUGCGGUUUGAUAUACCAUUUGGUGUUUCUUCAAAGGUAAUAGGGCCCAUUCCUCCAAGCAAAGAGAUUCCAUUGCCGGUUCAUUUGUCUGAGGCUGGCCAGAUUAGAUGGCAUCCUGUUGGCAGAUCUUACUUGUGGAGUGAAACUCACUCCUUAUCGAGUUUGCUUUCACGUGAAAGCAGGGUUGGGUUUAUGAAAUCAUCUGUGUGCUAUCCUUCUCACCCUAGUAACGAUCCAUUUCGGUGCUGUGUAUCUGUUGAAGAAUACUGUGUCCCUUCAUCUAGUAGUACCCAGAAAGACCAGUGCUGCAGUGAACGUUUGAAUGCACAACCAGUUCCUGGAAAUUCUGCUUCGAAGACUUCAAAGCAAUUUUUGACUAGGACACAGUUUAUACGGCAUGUCAGGCUUAAUACACCUCUUGUCAUAAAGAACUAUCUUCCUGUGUGCAUUUCUUUGACAAUAGAUAAUGGCGGGGCUGCGCAUGUAGUUUCGCUAAAGGAGGUAGGCUCGAUCUCUAUUUUUUUUGUUGACCCCUCCAACGAUCUUGGAAUUACAAUUCACAUUCAAGAUUAUAGAUCCUUGGUCAUAAAGUUUCCUCGUGCUGAAUCAUUCUCUACUACAGCCAAAUCAAAUGGCUUAAAGUUCUCCUUAACAGAGACUAUUACUUUCUACUCAAAUUUGUCAAACUCUCCUCUCAACGUUAUGCUGGAGAAAGCAAUGGAUGCUCGUUCUGGUGCAAGAGAAUUGUAUCUUUCUGUUCCAUUUUUGUUGUACAAUUGCACAGAUCUAUUGCUUACCAUCGCUGAGAGCAGCUAUGAGAGGAGUGGAUCCACCCUUGUGAUUCCUUCUAGUUUUGAGUUGGAUGGAUACGCAAGACAUUUGCCUGGAAAAAAUGGUCUUGCUCUUGUUUCAGAAGAUCCUUCCGCACAGCGCUUUGCAAGUAAAAUGCCCCAGUUAGAUUUCCCGGACGGAUGCAGCUCUUCUUCAGAGAUAAGUUUGACGAAUAACAGUGAGUCUGUAAAGAAAGAAUUUGACAAAGAGGUUAAAGCUUUUAUGUUUGCUCCUGAUGGACACACUCCAUCAACUGAACUUCUGGUUAAAUUGAAUGCAUCUCUGCCUAAUAAUGGAACUGAAACAACUCGGCGAGAUUGGUCGGAUCCAUUCCUCCUUGUCCCUGCCAGUGGUUCAACAAAUGUUACAAUUCCCCAGUCAUCUACUUCUGGUGCCUUUUUAGUUGCAGCAACAUCUAUGCCUGUUUCAACCAAACUUUUUGGAAGAACAAGGGCUAUUGCUUUCAGGCCGAGAUAUGUGAUUUGUAAUGCAUGCAGCAAUGGUUUGUACUUUAGACAAAAGGGAACAAGGUUUUCAAAGCACUUAAGUCCUGGGCAACACUCUUUCCUUCACUGGUCUGAUACAGCAAGAGAGUUGCUGGUCUCGAUUCGAUUUGAUGGGCCAGGAUGGCAAUGGUCGGGAAGUUUUUUACCAGAUCACCUGGGAGAUGCUCAACUGAAAAUGAGGAAUAGUGCCUCGGGUGUAUCAAAUAUGGUUCGAGUUGAAGUACAAAAUGCUGAUCUAGACAUACACAGCAAGAAAUUUUCUGGAAGAAACAAUAUCAAUACUGGUACUGUACUGAUUCUCCUUUCUGAUGACAAGACUGGUUUUGUACCUUACAGGAUUGACAAUUUUUCAAUGGAGAAACUGCGGAUAUAUCAACAGAAAUGUGAGUCGAUUGAAACGAUUGUUUAUCCCUACACAUCCUGUCAAUACGCUUGGGAUGAGCCUUGCUAUCCUCAUCGUCUUACUGUUGAGGUUCCUGGAGAACGAAGUUUGGGUACAUACAAUCUGGACAUUCUCAAUGAUGAUGUUCAUGUGUCACUACCAUCCACAUCUGAGAAAGCUGAAAGGAAAUUCUGCAUCUCGGUGCAUGCUGAAGGAGCAAUUAAGGUGCUAAGUGUUAUUGAUUCAAAUUGUCACAAUACCGAAUCAAAAGAAACAGAUUUUCUUGGAUCAAAGGGACCAAAAGUUGUUGAUCAGAAACAGGAGCUAGAGACGAACUUUGCUGAAGUUAUCAAAAUACAGUUACCAUUCAUUGGGAUAUCUUUAAUAAGCUCUUCUCCCCAGGAAUUGCUGUUUGCUUCUGCCAAGGAGAUGACAAUUGUUGCCAUGCAAAGUUUAGAUCAGCAACGAUUCACAGUUGAAAUACAAUCUAUGCAAAUUGAUAAUCAGUUCCCCGACAGCCCACACCCUGUCAUGCUGUCAUUUGAGGGAAGUCAUAAGGGAAAAUCCAUUAAUAUUUUUAAGACUAAAGAUACGAAGCUGAGAUCACCAAAUGACAGUAAGAGUUGUUCCAAUACCACAGAACCUGUGCUGCAGUUUGCUGCAGCUAAAUGGAGAACCAGAGAUGUUUCAUUUGUUUCCUACCAAUGUAUAAACAUAAGUGUAGCACCUGUUCGCCUUGAACUUGAAGAACGACUUGUCUUGAGCAUGAUUGAAUUUUAUAGAUCUGUUUCCUCUAGAGUAAAUCUUGGACAGUUAGAGAAAAGUCUUGAGUUAAGUAUUUUAGGUGGUGCUACGGAUAUGUUAGGAGAAUAUGAGAAAAUCUCAAAGCACUUAUCAGACAAGCCCCAAAGCUUCUACAUGGUGGAGGUGCAAGACAGUGAAUUGUUGCCUUCUGUUGUCCCAGUUGGUGCUCCAUGGCAACAGAUACAUCUAUUAGCCAGAAAGCAGAAAAAAGUGUACAUUGAAUUGUUUCAGUUGACUCCUGUCAAGUUGACUUUCAGUUUUACAAGCACACCGUGGCUCAAUAGGAAUGAAGGUGGUUCUGAUCCCAGCACAAGUUUCAAUAACACUACUGCAAUCCAGAGAGGUCUUAUGGCCCUCUUAGAUGUUGAAGGAGUACCAGUUCACCUUGGAGAAAUAAUGGUGGAAAAUCUGAUGGCUAGUUGGCAAUCCGUUCAGGACAUUCUUGUGAGGCAUUAUAGCAGACAAAUCCUCCAUGAACUUUAUAAGGUCUUGGGCUCUGCUGGAGUUAUAGGAAAUCCCAUGGGUUUCGCUCGGAAUGUUGGGUUUGGUCUAAAGGACUUCAUAUCUGCCUCAAGAAAAGGGAAAUUGCAGAGUCCAGUUGAACUAUUCAACGGCAUUGCACAAGGUUCAAAAACUCUCAUUGGCAGUACAGUUUAUGCAGUCAGCAGUGCCACUUCUCACUUCAGUAAAACUGCUUAUAAGGGCCUUGUUGCCUUUACAUAUGAUGAGCAAGCUGCUUCUAAAAUGGAAGAACGGGAAAGACAGCUAGGUUUGCAUGGAGAAGGAGUAUUGAAUGGAUUUCUAGAGGGUCUGACUGGGCUCCUCCAAUCACCAAUCAGGGGUGCUGAGAAACAUGGUCUUCCCGGUGUCAUCUCAGGCUUAGCAAUGGGAACAGCUGGGCUUGUGGCCCGGCCUAUGGCUAGUAUUCUUGAAGCCACAGGCAGAACUGCACAGAGCAUAAAAAACCGAAGUAACCCUCAUGAAUCCAACCGCUUGCGUGUCCGUUUCCCCAGACCUGUUGCCAGAGAUCAUCCUCUGUUUUUGUACUCGUGGGAAGAAGCGAUCGGAGUAUCGUUGCUUGUCCAAGCUGAGAGUGGUAGGCUAAAGGAGGAGACAUUUGUCAUGUGCAAAACACUUGGAGAGCCCGGGAAGUUCCUUGUGCUUACCGAGAAACUGCUUCUGCUCAUCUCAAGCCCAUAUUUAGUGGAUUUAGGAUCACCUCAGUUUCUUGGUGUUCCUCCUGACCCCCAGUGGUCAAUUGACACAGAGAUGAACCUCAAAAGUGUCAUUCAUCUGGACAGGUCUCAGGAGGUUGUGAAUAUUGUUGGGAGCAACGGAGAGACUUCACCGAGGGACAGAAGAGGCGGUGUAAGAAACAGGGUUAUGAGCUCAGCCUUCAUUCCCUUUUUUCAUCUCAGCGUCGAGUUGCCAAACAUUGAAGAUGCAGAAGGCACGCUGCAAGUCCUACAGGCACUCAUCGAGAAGGGAAAGGCAAGGAGAUGGGAUAAGAACAUCCUACACCGAAGCAACAUUAGUUGAGGUUUUCUGAGCACUGAUCCUUGCUGUCAUAUUUUGGAAUGGAUGCCGUUGCUUUAUGCCUCGAGAACUACCAAACAACAAAUAUCACUUCGCAGCUGGUGUUGAUUGUCAUAGGCGAGGAAUGGGGCAUCUGAAAUUAUGGCAGCUGCAUUAUAAGAAAAGUCCACAGAAGAGUUUUGGUGGAGGCACAAUUUGAGGAUCAGGGUAGAUACUUAGAUACGUGAUGGUGGAGCUAGAUUAACUUUUGUACGUGACCCGGUAUUUCAUAGUUGAUCCACCACGGUACGGGGGGUGUGCCUCGGUUUUUUGUAGGUCAAGGUGUACACAUGUGUAGGUUUAGGAAAUUUUGUCGACAGCUCUUGUAAAUAAAAUUCACUUGUAGAGGACGGUUCCCCUCCUGAAAAUAUUGUAGUUAAGAUCUCACAAGACUCCUGGUUUCUUCUCUUUUGGUAUGUGUUUUCUUA